ACCAUCGCAAUUCGCAAAACAUAUAAUUCCCUCCAACCCUAAUUGAUUCAACCACAAGCUAACACGAGCCUUACUUAACACAUAAUUAAUCACAAUAUCUUAUAUAUUUCCCCAAAGGGUUUUAUUUCUUUUACUACUACAAGUUACAAAACUAAGCUUAGCUAGCAAUCCAAAGCCAUGAAAUACAAUGAGAUAUCCCACUUCAGCCAUCCCCAACACAAGCUCAAGUUUGAGUACUCAGAAAUCCCAUUCAACUGUGAUGGUUGCAAGGAGGUCGGCAUAGGCUCGCGCUACAAGUGCGCGACUUGUGACUUCGAUCUCCAUAUGCACUGUGCCAUACCUACCCCUUCCAUCUUCCACCCUUUCUACACCAAGUGCUCAUUCCAGUUCCUCUCAAGGCCGCCCGGUGAUAGCCCUCGCUUUUGCAAUGCGUGUGAGAAGGAUAUAACCGGGUUCGUGUACCAUUGCAAGUCCUGCGGGUUCGACCUUCACCCGUGUUGCGCAAAGCUCCCCAUGGUGCUCGAUGAUGGGGAGGUCAAGCUCUAUCUGUAUCGAAAAGUGAGUAGCUCUUGCCAUAGGUGCGGGCGUAAAGGACGGAGUUGGAGUUACAGAUCAAAAUGUAAGGAAUAUAAUUUGCAUGUGGCAUGUGCGAAGGAAAUGCUUGUGGAAACUUGGCAUGAGUUUUUGGGGUCGCAUGGGAAUAAAAGCAAUAGUAGUAGAAAAUUGGAGAUGACCAGAAUUCCUACCCUUAAGAAUACACUUCAGAAUCAUCACCGUCGAAGCAAAGGUAAGGUGAAGAAGUGUUGUAAGAUGGCUGGAUUGGCUGUGCAAUUUGUGAUAUCAGCAGUGUUAGGCGAUCCAACGACUCUGAUUGCUGGGGUUAUUGGGAAUUUCAUGUCACGAGCCUGAUGCGCGGUUCAUGAUGGGGUAUUUGGACGAUGAAAUUGUUGUACUGUUAAUAAAUAAUAUUAUAGAAAACCAGAUAUCAUUUAUGUAUUUAUUUCUUGGUAAUUUCAUGAUUUUUCUUUUUCCAA